AUGGUGGUUCGCAACAGACAUAGGUACGGAAACCAUCCUGACGACGAGCCGGACGAUAGCGACGACCAGCCUCUCUCAUCCCCCAAUAAGAGAGCCAAAACCCAUCAUGAUGAUGUUGAGGAUAAUGAAGAUUUGGAUGAUGUCCUACCAUUCGCCGGCGAUGACAUCCUGGACACGACGGAGCAGCCUGAGCAGCCUGGAGAUGUACCAAAUCUCGAUCUUCAGCCGUCAGAUGCCUUCAGCGACAGCAAUGACCUCAUAGAUGCCUGGCGCUCAAGAAUUGAGGUUGCAGACUUCGAUCAGAUUCCAGAUGUCAUUGAGGAGCCCAUAGAUGAGCCUGAUGUCCCUCACGACCUUGACCCAAUACCGGAUUCUGACGAGGAGGAUGAUGGCGAUUUAGGCGAAGAAGAACGAGAAGUGGAAGGCUUCGUGGCACAUUACACAGCUGCCACCCAACCAGAUCCAUCAGCUUCCCAAGCUCCCCCUUCGAUGCCGCCGCCACCACUACCUUCCCUCCCUCCAAACCUUACGGACCUUUCCGAGUCACGGACUCAUCACGUUAGCCCACUCCAGCUUAACGACACUCUGCUUCAGCUCGCUAUGUGGUGUCACAAUGAAGGGUGUUCUCGGACAGGCUACGCUGGCCUAGUCAAGAUUCUACAAGGAAAAAACGCUAAGGACGAACUUGCAAAUCUACCUGCGGUACUGGACACUCUGAAGGAUGGUGUUUGGAAGUCGCUGCCUCUGAUGCCGAUGAAGCUCCAGGAUAUCAACCUCGAUCCAUCUGCCAUACCUACAGGGACAAACCUCACUCACGCCUUGGAAUUCUUCGAUCUGGAAGCGAUGCUUAAGACUGUUCUAAAAUCUGACAGCUUUAUGAGCCGGCUUCAUUGUGGCAUGGCUCACUUCGUCAAUGACUCAUCUGAGUUGUUCAAUUCCCCUGCCUGGAGCUCCUCUAUCAGAACAAGCUCUGGAUCUUUCGCUCGUUAUCCAGAUGGCAAGCCCAUAUUCCCUGGUGAUUUUAUUCAGUUUCGCUGCCUGAAUGGAUGCACUGGAUGCGCUGGCGGUUCGUUCCAUUUGGCCCAGGUUACAAAUACAGGCAAAAAUUACUGUGGUACCAAUUCUGGGACCAUUAGUUUGAUCGUCCGAAGGCUUGCCGAUGCUAAACUUUUGCCACCCCAUAUCGAGAGAGAUCCUUCCGCGCCGCCAUUCAAUUCUUCUGGUAACGUCGAAUUAUGCCUUUUCGAUGGCAAAGAGAUGCUGCCGGCGUCCAAGGUCAUUCGGCGAGAGACCCGCGUUAUCAAGGACUACCAUCAUCCAGUCCGUGUGGCCUACCCAAGUCCUGACCAGAAUGGCGCCUGGUAUGUGGUUCGGCAGGUAGUCAGGGGUAAGCGCUUGAUGGCCUUAAACCUUUCGAAUCCAAUUCGGGGUGAAUUGGAGGUCAAGGUCUUCUCGCGCAAGUAUUUGGAGGACAAUUUCGACCAUCCCACUCGCCGCUGCGUCAGCCUCCCAUACACUAUGUUCAUUGACGGUUUUGGAGUCUACCGGAAUAUGCAUAGGUCGCUAACGGGGUUCUACCUCACAUUGGCUGGCCUGUCUCGGCAUGAUCGCAAGAGGAGGAUGAACCAAUUCACCGUAGGAUUUGGCCCCCAUGGAAGCAACUUCGACGAUGUCGUUUCCGCAAUGGCUCCAAUGCUUCAGCGAUUAGAUCAGGGUAUGGUGGUUACCGUCAACGAUGAAGAGAUAUUCCUUUGCGCUCCGGUCAUCGCUUUCGUUGGCGACAUGCCACAACAGCAGAAGAAUGCAGGCUUUCUCGCCCAGAACGCCAAGCGCGGCUGCCGUUUCUGCCUAGCCGAAAAAACCGAGUUUGACCAGCUUGAUUUUGACAUUAUCAAGAAAGGACGCUAUUACCAUGCUGUUCAGGCGAUCCGGAAGCUCCAGCAAAACAAGGCCAAAACCACCAAGGCAAAAGCGCUCGCCGUGCUUGGGAUGAUGCCAGAGGAAUCAUCGCUCACGAAAAUCGCUAAGGCCCUGGAUCUCAUUCGCGCCUGCCCGACCGACGUUGCGCAUAGUGAGUACGGCGGUCUAUCAAAACUCACAUUAGAGAUCCUGUUCACUGCGAUACUCACUCCAAAGGGUGGAAUGGAGUUUGCUCGAUGUCUGCGCGAUUUUCCUAUGCCAUUUGGUUGGAGCAAGCUGCAAUCUCCAGUUCGUUUCCUUGGGAGUUAUGGUCAGUCUGAGUGCGCUCGACUUAUGCUGCUCACGCCAAUCAUCCUACGGCUCUACAUGAAACGGAGCUGGAUCAUCACAGAGUUCCUCAGCGCCGCGGCCACAACAUUUAAGGGCGAAAUGCUAGAUGGCAAAGUCGUCCUUACGUUGAUAUCAUACAUGGCCAAGAUAUCUGAGAACAAUGCAUCUCUCCUCGCGCCCACUAUGACUGACGCCAACCGCAUCAGCCUCCCAAAGACCAUCCGAUCCUCUCGCGCAGCAUUCCAGAAGCUCGCUCAUACCGCCGCCAUCUCCACUCGCAAGAAACGCGGAUCCCAAUCCCGAGAAUCGUCUGCACAGGCAAGUGGUGAAGGUUCUGAAGAUGAGGAAGAUGAUGUUGAAUCAGCGGUGAACGUUGCUGUGAACGAGCUGGGCUCUUCGAAGGGACCCAAAGAUACAAAGCUUUCUUCUUACUUCCAGCGCAUGCCCCUCCGACCCAAUCUCCACACCGGCCUACAUCUUCAAGAAGCGGCACUGGAAUAUUCGACACCUCUCGCGGUUUGCACCUUCAGCGGGGAGGACAAACAUCGGCUAUUUAAGAAACUUGUUACUCGUACAAAUGGUCGAAACAUUGAGCAGUUUCUUCUCAAUGGGGAAAAUUUGCGCUUUACGAUCCGGUUCAUCCUCCUCGGCGCGUUCGACAAAGAGUAUCCAGAUCUCGCAGCGGCUAUGAAGCGGCUGAAGGAGGACAACCCAAACCUCUUCAUUGCUCUGCUUCCAAGGUCAGAACAGCAGGAGCUCCUAGAGGUGAACGUCCUCAGCAACAUGAAAGCGCCGGAUGAAAAUCACACCCAACUGAAACUGCUGGGACGGAUCAAGUCAAGGGACGUAACAAAGGAUGGUCUUCCAAAUGGCCCAGGCGAGGCGACAGCGGACUUCAUCUCCCAGCUCAGACGCGCAUAUAAAGAUCACUACAACCAGAAUUUGCUCAGCCUUGGUUAUUUCGGUUUCCAGUGGUCGGCGAAGAUGAGUUAUUAUGCAAAGAGGUACGAUAAGCGCAUAGCUUUCAAGGUCGGCAACUUCGUCAUGGUCAAUCAACGCCUCUAUCGGAUUAACGGACUCUUUGUCCAUGAGUUGCUGGAUGAUCUUUAUACAUUUGCGCUUCUUGAAGAGACUGUCGAGACAGGCAAGACAGAUCGUGUACUCAAGUUUCCCUUCAUAAGAGUUACUGGCAAGACUCAUGUCGUCGGGGUGAGUGAGUUGAGCGACGAGAAGCAGUAUGUUCUGCCGAUGGUACCUGGUGGUGAUACCAAACUCGCUGCGCCGCAUAAGCCAGGUGAGGGGAACGAGUCUGAUAUCUUUCUCCAUGCUCCUUGGAAGAUAGAGUUUUUGUAG